AUGGCCUCGGCGCUGAGCUAUAUCUCCAAGUUCAAGUCCUUCGUGAUCCUGUUCCUCACCCCGCUCCUGCUGCUGCCACUCAUCAUUCUGAUGCCCUCCAAGUUUGUCAGGUGUGCCUACGUCAUCAUCCUCAUGGCUGUUUACUGGUGCACAGAAGUCAUCCCUCUGGCUGUCACCUCCCUCCUGCCUGUCUUGCUUUUCCCACUCUUCCAGAUCCUGGACUCCAAGCAGGUGUGUGUCCAGUACAUGAAGGACACCAACAUGCUGUUCCUGGGCGGUCUCAUCGUGGCCGUGGCUGUGGAGCGCUGGAACCUGCACAAGAGGAUUGCCCUGCGCACGCUCCUCUGGGUGGGGGCCAAGCCUGCACAGCUGAUGCUGGGCUUCAUGGGUGUCACGGCCUUCCUGUCCAUGUGGAUCAGCAACACGGCCACCACGGCCAUGAUGGUGCCCAUCGUGGAGGCUGUGCUGCAGCAGAUGGGGGCCACGAGCACAGCCACCGAGGCCGGCCUGGGGGCACUGGAGCUGGCAGACAAGGGCAAAGCCGGUGAGCUGCCCGGGAACCAAGUGAUUUUUGAAGGCCCUGCCAUGGGGCAGCGGGAGGAUUCCAACAGGAAGAGGAUGUGCAAGGCCAUGACCCUGUGUGUGUGCUAUGCGGCCAGCAUCGGGGGGACUGCCACUCUGACCGGGACGGGACCCAACGUGGUGCUCCUGGGCCAGAUGAAUGAGUUGUUUCCUGACAGCAAAGACCUCGUGAACUUUGCUUCUUGGUUUGGAUUCGCCUUCCCCAACAUGCUGAUAAUGCUGCUGUUAGCCUGGCUGUGGCUCCAGUGUAUUUAUACAGGGUUCAGCUUCUUAAAAUCCUGGGGCUGCGGGCUAGAGAGGAGCAGCAGCGAGAAGGCUGCCUACGAGGUGCUGCUGGCGGAGUACAGGAAGCUGGGGCCCUUCUCCUUUGCCGAGGUCAACGUCCUCAUCUGCUUCCUCCUGCUGGUCGUCCUGUGGUUCUCCCGAGACCCUGGCUUCAUGCCUGGCUGGCUGUCGCUCGCCUGGGCAGAGGGUGAGACAAAGUAUGCCACAGACGCCACCGUGGCCAUCUUUGUGGCCAUGUUGCUAUUCAUUGUGCCUUCAGAGAAGCCCAAGUUCAAUUUCUGCAGCCAGACAGAAGAAGAAAGGAAAACUCCAUUUUAUCCCCCUGCACUGCUGGAUUGGAAGGUGACACAGGAGAAAGUACCCUGGGGUAUUGUGCUGCUACUGGGCGGUGGCUUUGCUUUGGCUAAAGGAUGCGAGGCCUCGGGGCUGUCCGAGUGGAUGGGGAAGCAGAUGGAGCCCCUGCAUGCGGUGUCCCCUGCAGCCAUCACCUUGAUCUUAUCCUUGCUCGUUGCCGUGUUCACUGAGUGCACAAGCAACGUGGCCACCACCACCCUGUUCCUGCCCAUCUUUGCCUCCAUGUCUCGCUCCAUCGGCCUCAAUCCACUGUACGUCAUGCUCCCCUGUACCCUGAGUGCGUCCUUUGCCUUCAUGUUGCCUGUGGCCACCCCACCUAACGCCAUUGUGUUCGCCUACGGCCACCUCAAGGUUUCUGAUAUGAUAAAAACAGGAAUAAUGAUGAACAUAACUGGAGUCUUCUGUGUGUUUUUGGCGGUCAACACCUGGGGACGGGUCAUAUUUGAUUUGGAUCGUUUCCCUGCCUGGGCCAAUGUGACACAUAUUGAGACUUAG